AUGUCCAAGGUGGGCGUAUCCAAGAUUCCAACGGUGGCCCAGCUGUUUAAAUCAGGCGCCCUCAAGCCAGCUGCGCCCUCGUCCUCGUCGCUUCCGGCCUACUCGCACCUCUCGAACCGCGUUGCUCUCUGGCAAGGCGACAUUACGAAACUCGAGGUCGACGGAAUCGUCAAUGCGGCCAACGAAUCCUUGCUAGGGGGCGGUGGAGUUGACGGCGCCAUCCAUCGGGCCGCCGGGCCAGAGCUCGUCAAAGAAUGCAGAACACUCAAUGGCUGUAAGACGGGCGAUGCAAAGGUGACAAAGGGCUACAAGCUGCCUGCCAAGCAUGUCGUCCACACGGUUGGACCAAUCUACUCGAGAAGCAAUGCGGGUACGAGCAGGUCAAAGCUGCAAUCGGCGUACAGGAGAAGCCUUGAAGCGGCGACAGAGGCCGACAUCAAGACGAUUGCGUUUCCCUCCAUCUCGACGGGCGUGUACGGCUACCCGAUCGAAGAGGCUACCAACGUCUCCCUCGAGGUCACUGGCGAGUACCUGGCAGACAAGGAAAGCUCUCAGCUGGAGCUCGUCGUCUUUUGCGUCUUUGGCGAUGCCGACAAGCACGUCUACGAGCAAGUCAUUCCGAAGCACUUUUCGCCUCAGUCGGACUAG